ACAACAAGCUUUGCUCAACUCUCUGUUCCAUUGUGCGCCUUGAAUUUUCCCGUGUGUAUCAUCGGGAAAACCUGGAUUUGAAGAUAGUUGGGGGUCUGCUGUGCUGUCCUGGCUUUUCCAAAGAGACGACGUCUCUUAAUCGGCACGGGAGCCGCAGGUCAUAAAUUCAGACGUUCCAGUCGUGGGUCGUUGCCAUCACGCUAUAAGGCAACGACUGAGAACCUGAUAUCACUCCAACAACAUGAUGCGACGCCAGUUCACCGAAGUCGCGCGAACUGGCCUACCCUGAGAUGCGGUCGUUUCCGUAGUCUGUCUUCUAAGCCUUCCCCGGUGUCAGCCACAGUGACUCGCAGUUACCGCUCGAUUUCUGUAAAACAACGCCUACGUCGGAGUGAGAGCGUUGUUCGGGCACAUCGACGCCAGCGUCUGCACGGCUGAUGGAAACGAUGGCUCAGCAGUCAGGUUUUUGUCAGCCUCCAGGCUCUCCUGUUAACGGAGCUCCAUCUAACACAAUUUACGUUCCACUGAUAAAUCAGACCAUCAGGAGGAACCGCAUUGUAGAAAUUCCUGAGAUCCACGUGGUUGAAAAGCUGGUGCCAAAGAUACAGGUGCAAGAUGUGAUUCGAAAAGUGCCACGAACUGACAUUCAGUGGGUGGAGAAAAUCGUCGAGGUCCCUCAGAUUCAGGUGAUCGAGAAGAUCGUGGAAGUCCCUCAAGUACAUGAGAUUCGUCGAGAAGUUCCUCGCGUCGAAGUCCAAGAAAUUGUUCACAGAGUCCCACGGUAUCAUGUGCAAAAUGUAGAAAAAUACGUGGAGAUCCCUCAGAUUCAGUAUGUGGAGAAGUACGUGGAGGUUCCACAGAUCCAAGAAGUAGUCAAGUUUCGGGAGAGAGUGGAGAUUGUCGAGGUCCCCGUUGAGAAAAUCCGUGAAGUCCCCCGCAUUGAGGUCAAAGUUGUCGAGAAGAUUCGCCAUGUUCCCGGUCCGAUCGAGUACAUUGACGUCCCUCAGGAACGCAUCAUUGAAAAGCCGGUUUAUGAAACAAUUGAAAAGAUCGUGGAAGUUCCGGAAGUGCAUGAUGUCGUAGUGGAGAAGCCAAUUAUGGUGCCAGUUCCGGGACCUGAGGUGGAAGUGCCCGUUGAAGUUCCUGUUUACUACGACGUCCCUGAGUACUACCCGGGACCCACCAGGGUCAUCCCAGUUGAGAAGGAGAAACUCUACGAGAAGCUGGUCGAAGUUCCAGUGCAUGUCGCUCAAGAAAGCAUCAGGGUUGUGCGCGUUCCGCAUGAAGUGCCAGUUGACGUGUACAAAGAAGUUCCGGUACCUCGCUACAUCGAUCAAGUUGUCGAAGUUCCUAUUCAAGUUCCCGUCCCUCAACCGCCCCCCGUUAUUCAUCCGGUCUUGCAAAAUCAAAUAAUUGAAGAGGAACCCAUUUACGAGCAAGGGCCACCCCGUUAUAUUUACGAGACGCCGGUGUGGGCUCCUCCAGUGUACGACGACUCACGCCCGCCGCCGAUCGAAAGUCCUUCAUACCUGCCACCAGGUGGGCUUGUUCCUGAGCCCCCUCAGGUCGGGUCUGAGUCUCAGUUUCUGUCACAGAAGUGCAACGGUCACUCUUCGCCUGGCUUCGAGAAGUAACUGUGGCGUGAAAUUCGCCAUUUACACGCGUUUCAAGCGAUUCGGGCAGGCUAACGACGCAUCACAACACCUGCGUUUCACAGGUGUACACGCGUACUCUCUAGAACUCUUAUCUUAGUGUCGUAUUUGUGAGGAAGUCUACGGGCGGCGGGGCGAAUAUGUAACACUUAAUGCCGUUUCUCGCAUCCGCCCACAUUUCGUUGCCUAACUACUGCUAAUGAAUGGUACUGAGUUUUUCAAGGGGCCAACAGCUGUCUCCAGAUCCCCUGUUAUUAGGGAAUCGUGGAGCUAAUGGCUUGUGGCAACAGAUUUGGGUGUGAAUAAGUCGUGCGGUUCAGGCAUUUGAGGAGCUGGUGUGAAGCAGGGAGCGUCUGGUCACUAUAUUUUAAAAAAAGUUCUUGUCCGCUUGUCGGGUAAUUUGUCAAUUCGUUGCUAUCCUGUGUUUUUGGGUGUCUAUAAAAACCUUUCUGAAAUCGACUACCUUCUU